UUUUGAUGUUUGACUUUGUACCUAGGCUUGUGAAGUGACUGAGGCUGCUCAUGUUCAUCUGCUUGACAUCACACCUGCUUCCAAUUACACCUGAUGACUAGCUCUCUUUUGGUUUCAGUUUGGCAACACCAGCAGACCCACAUGCUGCUGAAAUAACUCCUUUUACAGACAGAACAUCCCCGUGGACUCUCUUUCAAAGAGUCAGACGCUGUGACAUCUUCAUUGGAGCAUAAAGUCAAUCAGUGCAUGGACUAACAAGAACACUUUGGAGCUCAAGAUGAGUGAAGUUUUUGAUCUGACUCAUGAAGAAGGAGACCACAUGCAGCCUGUGGACAAGGACCGUGAUCAUCCUGUCAGCACCUCAUCCCAACAGGUUGAAGCUCCAGGUGUUGCAGAGCAGCAGACGAUGAGAGUGUACCUCAGAGUCCGGCCUUUCUCCAGAGAGGAGCUCGCUGACAACGAGGAUCAGGGUUGUGUGGCGAUUGAAAGCAGCCAGACGGUGACCCUGAAUGCACCUAAAGGUUCUGCCACCAUGAAGAGCAGUGAGAGAGGCAUCGGCAUGUCCAUCCACAAAUUCUCCUUCUCACAGAUUUUUGGUCCAGAGACGACUCAGUCUGAGCUGUUCGAGGACACGGUCAAAGCUCAAAUGUCUGAUUUCUUGGACGGGGAGAACGCUCUGAUAUUCAGCUAUGGAGUCACCAAUGCUGGGAAGACGUUCACAAUCCAAGGAAGACCUAAAGAGCCGGGGAUCCUCCCUCGGGUGUUGGAUGCCACCUUUCAGCACAUCGGAGGCCGUCAGUAUGAGGGGAUGGACCUGAAACCUUACCUCAGGAACGAUGCUCAAUACCUGGAUCCUGACCAAGUCAAACAGGAGAGAUAUUCUAAAGCAGCCAUUUUUGUUUCACUGAAAGAGGAUUGUGAUCCUCUCAGAGCCAGCAGUGGAUCAGAGUCUUUGUCCUACUCCAGCUCGGCUCUCUCCUCCUCUUUAUACUGCGAUGAAGCCGAAACAGACAGCAGUCAGUUUGCACUGUGGGUUGCAUUCUUUGAGAUCUACAACGAGUGUGUGUACGACCUGCUUCAACCUUCACUCUGCUCCAAAUCUAAGAAACGAGCUUCUCUGAGAGUGUGUGACGACGGGGCUGGGAAUGCUUACGUUAAAGAUCUAAGGUGGAUAAACAUCCAGACUCUGGGAGAAGCCAGCAGACUGCUUCAGUUUGGAAACAGGAACAGAAGUGCAGCAGCCACUAAGAUGAACCAGUCGUCCAGCAGAAGCCACAGCAUAUUCACCAUGAAGUUACUGAAGAUCGAUGACUGCAGCACAGUAAGAAGGAUCUCAGAGUUUUCUCUGUGUGACCUGGCCGGCUCAGAAAGAUGCAACAAAACCAAAACGUUCGGGGAGAGACUGAAGGAGGCGGGAAACAUCAACAACUCUCUGCUCAUUCUGGGGAAGUGCAUCAACGCUCUCCGUAACAACCAGACCGACAGGAUGAAGAGCAGCUACAUUCCUUUCAGAGAAAGUAAACUCACAAAGCUCUUCCAGGCUGUCUUCUGCGGUAAAGGGCGAGCAUCGAUGAUCGUCAACAUUAACCAGUGUGCCUCUACGUACGACGAGACUCUGCAUGUGAUGAAGUUCUCCGCUGUGGCCAAACGGGUGGUCCAGGUCAUUACAGACAAACACCUGGAAUCUCUGGCUCCGUGUUUGGUCGGCCGCGAUGGGAAACCUCUGGUGAGGAACGGGUCGAUUGACAGCCAGGCCCUGGAGAGCUACCUGUCUGAGGAUGAGCUGCUGGAUGAGGAAGACGAGGCUGACAUGUCUCUGCUGCCUCAGCAUGAGAUCGUGAGUAUGAUUGAGAAUCUGCGAUCAAAACUGCUGGUAGAGCGAAGGAGAAAUCUGGUUCAGGAAAUGGAGAUCCGUAAAGAAAUGGGAGACGCCAUGUUGCAGCAGAUCAUGGAGAGCGAGGAACUCCGCACUCGGCAGAUAGAGGAGCUGAAGGAGAGCUACCAGGAAAAGCUGGAGAACACGUUUGAGAUGUACAAAGAUGCAAUCAAAGAGCACGCCUACCAGAGCGCCAUGAACAACCUGGAAGACGACUACGUGCCGCUCGACGAGUUCGUCGCUGAGCAGGAGAAAGUGGAGGCCCUUAAGCGUAAAGUGUCGGAGCUGGAGAGUUUAACAUCCAGCAGCAGAGGAGGAGCAUGUUCAGUUCAAACAGCCGACCAGUCGAGCCAAACUCCACCUCAGAAAGCUACGGACUCAGCAGACGAUCGAUGCAACCGGCUCUACAGAGAGAAAUGUGCCAUCGAGAGGAUGUGCGAGGAUAAACAACAGUUGAUCCUGUCCCUGGAGAGACGGCUGAUGGAGCUCAGCGACACGCUGCAGAAGGUCAGAGACGGUUUCCUGGAGAAGUCCACUGAUCUGGAGGUUCUGCUGAGGAAGGCUGACGAUCAGAGCAAAUCUUUGGAGGACGUCCUGCGGCAAAACCUUGAGAAGGACAGGGAGAUUGUCUCUCUGAAGGCAGACCUCACCAAGCUCUCCCAGACGUCUCCUGUGCAGCCAAAAACCAAACGUGGCCUGCUCGCCAACAUCCGGGAGGCGGUGACUUCUCCGCGGAGGACGACCUCCGGCCGAACGCUCAGGAAGACGGCCAGGACUCCACAUGUGUGAAAACACGACUCGCAGUCGAUUUCAGGCACCGUGAAAUGAGAGAGGCAUGCGUGACUCUUAAUUAAUUUUAUUCAGAGUUUUUAAAUGUUUUGUGUUUUCUUUUAAUAAAAUUAGAAUCUUUGAAACUUU